GGUAGAGGCCGCGCGAGAGUCGCGCCGCAGAUCAGGCGCACACACGCGCAUCAAUUCCGUAUUGUCAACUGCACGGCGGGGGUAAGAAUUGCACCUUUUUGCGAGGAAAAUCGAUAACCACUGGAGACCUUGGCACCAUGGACGUGUCCAGUCACAGUCUUGUACUUUUGCAGCAGCUCAACAUACAGAGAGAGUUUGGCUUCUUAUGUGACUGCACUGUGGCAAUCGGAAAUGUUUACUUUAAAGCUCAUCGGGCGGUGUUGGCUGCUUUCUCCAACUACUUCAAGAUGAUCUUCAUCCACCAGUCAAGUGAGUGCAUUAAAAUUCAGCCCACCGACAUUCAACCGGACAUCUUCAGUUACUUACUACACAUCAUGUACACAGGAAUGGGACCAAAGCAGCAGGUUGACCAGAGUCGCUUACAGGAAGGAAUAAAAUUUCUUCAUGCUUACCAGCUCUACAGAAAUACAAAUGAGAAUAGUCAAGAUGCGAAUUUGGAUACAGUAAAAAUGUCUAAUCUUUAUGGCAUUCAGAUAUCAUCACAAAUGGCCACCAAAGAGAACAUAGGGUUAAAGGAAAAUCUGUCGAGAGGACUUGAAGAGCGAUCUACCACACAGGUUAAUCACUGGCCUGUUCAACAGUCACUUACAACAGGGCUAGAUACACCUACUUCAGACUCCCAGGUGCCAAACCCACAUGGCCCGUCGUUGGUUAAAUCAAAAGAAGAACAUCUCUUGGUCACCAUAAAACAGGAGAAGGUGGAUCCAGAUCUGGCUGCAGAAUCUCAGACCACCUCCCCUCAAAGCCAAGAGAGUCGAGCCUCAGCUGUGUAUCGGGAUACACUGAAGGCACUGUACUGUCAUUAUUGUGGAGAACGGUGUAGCUCAAGGGACAGUUUACGGGAGCAUCUCUACACACAUGCAACCGGCUCCCUUCCCUUUGGGGUACCUGCUGCAAUCCUGGAAAACAACAAUCUCGGAGACGUUCAGAAAAUGGCCGAGGACUUGCAAAGCAUGGAAGAUCGCCCUCUGCAGCAGUUCCUCGUCAACAAGAGCACCUAUCUAUUAGAUCAGCCGAGCUGUGGUAGCUUGGAGGACUCCAUGCAGCAAAGCCAGACCCUGUCACUGCCAAAUGAGGAGCUGGGCGCAGAACUUAAAAGCAGCAGCCCUUACUCCAGGAAGCGCAAGAUUGCCUGUGCAAUUUGUAGUCUUCGUUUUUCUCAAAAGAGCCAGUUGCAGGAGCACAUGUACACUCACACCGGUAAACAUUCCCGCUAUCACAGGUACAACCGGUUUUGCACUCAAUUGCUCCAAGCAUCUCAGCAGUUUUGUGAAAAUCAAGGUGAGUGCACAGUAGAAGAAGCAGCUAGGGACUCCCAGGACAACCUCAGCUCUUGCUACUCUUUGGACUCUGAGAUUUCACAAGAAAGCAUUGACACUGUUGUUGUAGAAUGAAGCAGACCCAUGCCAUAUACCCCUUUUUAGUCCCAUUAUUAAAAUGAAAUACUUACGACUAAUUGUUUUCCUGACUUUUCUAUAGACUCUUUUGGCUUCUUUUCUCUGACUUUCUCUUUUUCAUGUUUCUAAGCUGUAUUCUGUGAAACUAUUUGCUUUUUAUAAA